AUGCGUCUCUGGCAGAAUGCUGGGCUAGCUACAGGCGAGAAUAGGGAACUCCUACCCUACAGUCCUCUGGACAUGAUGGAGAGCCUGAAUUCAACGGUAUUGGAAGAAGACAUGAAAAGUAAUGAAUUGACAUGGAUUCUUGGUAAAAUUGCGAAUCAUCUUACUGCAGGGGAUAGUUUGGUUCCAGCGGACAACAUAUUGCCGCAGUUUCAGCGGGCCCUCAUUGGGUUGAACCAGCAACAUCUUCUAGAAAGAUGGAAUAUGCUAAUGGCUGACUUGGAUAGAUGGCAUGAUUCUCUUCCAGAGUCCUUCUGUGCGACUGCUCGUACACGGAAACUAGGUAAUGCAGAACCGGGCUUUGAGCGGAGCUUUGAUACGUUUGAGCAGAUCUGGUUUGACUUGCCACUGUGUGCGGCGGUAAUCCAAAGCUAUCACCAAGCAAAGAUCCUGUUACUGGCGAAUGAGCCACAGGAAUCAACAGCUAUUCGAUCAACCGUAUCAGCACGCCUGAGGUCGUAUCGACAUUCCCUUCGAGAAGUUAUAAUUCAUGCUCGGGCGGUUUGUGGGAUAAGUCUGGCUAACUCAACAGAGGCCUUCAGAGCCAACUCUGUUCAGGCUCUUUUUGUUGCUGGCCAAGUUUUCGAGGAAUAUCACGAACAGGAGGCAGUUCUUGAGUUACUUGCUGGGAUUGAACAAGAUCUUGGGUGGACUACGAAAUAUCAUAUCACCAAGCUAAAAGAUGAAUGGGCGAAUGAGAGACGAGGCAAUAAUGUUGAUCGUAAUGAGCAGGGCCAUGAAUCGAAUUGGUUUAUUUCUUAG